CUUCAAUUUGAAAUUUCAGAUGCGCGCCCUGAAUUUACUCGUUUUGAGUUUUUUAGCUAGUGCUUUGACAGCUGCAGCUGAAAAUCGGAUCGUUUGCUACUUCGGUAGUUGGGCAAACUGGCGCCCCGGAAACGGGAAAUUCGUGACCGCUGAUAUCGACACGUCUCUCUGCACGCACUUCAUCUGGACGUUCGUUACUCUUCAAGGAAAUCAGGUCGUCUCAUCGAAUGGUGAAGGAGUCAACGGACUCCGCGAGUUUAUCCAAUUGCGGGAGAAGAACCCUUCAGCGAAGUUUCUUGUUGCCAUUGGAGGAGCAGUGGACAGCCACGGGCCCAAAUACUCCAACAUGGUGUCCACCGCAAGCUCUCGAAAACAAUUCAUUGAUUCGACAGUUGCUCUUCUGAAACAGUACAAAUUCGACGGCUUUGAUGUUGACUGGGAGUACCCGACACGCAAUGGUGGCGUUCCAGCUGACCGGAACAACUUCGUUCUGCUCCUGAAGGAAUUGAAGGAACGGUUCACCCAGGAAGGCGGUCUUCUGCUGACAGCCGCGGUGGCUGCGGGUACUUGGACGGCAUCACAAGCAUAUGAUAUCCGAGCGAUAAGUCAGCAUCUUGACUUUGUUAAUAUUAUGACGUACGAUUUCGCCGGGUCCUGGGAGCCUAGAACUGGUCAUCAUGCUGGACUUCGUGGAGAUCUCUCGGUGGAAUCAUGCGUUAAAUACUGGUUGGACCAAGGCUGUCCCAAGGAGAAGCUAGUCGUCGGUGUCCCGACAUACGGAAAGACCUGGACUCUUGCUGAUGCCAACAACAAUGCUCCAGGUGCUCCAGCUCCUUCAGCUGGUCAAGCUGGACCUUAUGUUCGGGAGGCUGGAAGCUUGGGCUACAACGAGCUCUGCGAGCAGAUUCGCGAAGGCCAAUGGACACUUCGUUUUGAUGAGAAGGCACGAGCUCCGUAUGCGAUUAAGGGUAACCAGUGGCUCAGCUACGACAAUGUCAAAUCAGUCACGGAAAAGGCUAAUUACAUCAAAGAGCAGCGACUCGGUGGUGCCAUGAUCUGGAGUAUCGAGACUGAUGACAAGAGUGGCGCCUGUGGCGAGAAAUUUCCAAUCCUCAAGGCUCUCAACGCAGUCCUUCGCGGUGGACAGCCGGUGCAGCAAAGUCCAGCUCCAACACCAACACCUAAGACUGCAGAAGCACCGAAGGACAGUCCAAGUCCAACUGCCGGACAAUGCACCAAAGCGGGAAAUAUCGCUGAUCCUUCGUCCUGUGGGUACAUCACCUGCGUGGAUAAUGGCGCUGGAGGUUUCACUCGUUAUCAAAGGCAAUGCGCCCCAGGACUCUGCUACAAGGCUUCUGCUGAUUAUUGUGAUCGUCCAUGAGAACAUUUGAUUGUUGUCGACUUAAAAUAUUAUUUGUAUUCAAGAAAAUAAAGUAAUCCGCGAA